AUGUCGGGUGUGAGUGCAUCAGAGUAUCUUUCUCAACAGCAGGAACUCGAGGAUGAAGCAAGGAAGUUGAUGCCUUGGGAUCCUAAAUCGUGUACUUAUGAGAAAGGUGCGCUAAGACAGCAGGUAUUCGCUUGUCGCUCCCACGGUAAAAUUGGAGUCUGCUAUUCAUGCUCGAUACAAUGUCAUACCAAAUGUGAUAUAGUGGAAUUGUUUACAAAGAGAUGCUUUACGUGCGAUUGCGGAACUGAAAGGGACACGCAAGAAAGUGAGACUGGGUUCAAAUGCCAGUUGAGGAGGAAUACAGAAGCAGAUAUUCCAUCGUUGCAGAAUGUCUACGGCCAUAAUUUCGAGGGACUCUUUUGCAGUUGUAAUAAGGAGUAUGAUCCAGAUUCGAGCGCUGUGAUGUUACAAUGCGUACAGGGAACAGAGUGUAACGAAGAUUGGUAUCAUGACUAUUGCAUUGUGGGAAAAGAUGAAGGAAAAACCGAGGCGAAGGCCAAGGGAGAAGAGAUCUUGGCGGAAGGAAUGCCACCCUUGGAUACCUUUGACGCUUACAUAUGCUGGAAAUGUGUGUCAAAAUAUGAAUACUACUUCAAGAGAAUACUGUCCCAUCCACUUUCUGACAAGAUCGUUGCGCACAAGAUAGCACAUAUGGCAUUGAAAAGUGAAACUUCACUAAAUGACAACAGAAAAAGAUCCAUCGAGGCUAGCGAGGAGAAUCAAGGCGAAUACUCGUUGUUCUUGAAAGAUGACUAUUCGGAGCAGCUAAAAAAACUGAAGGAUUCUUUGGACAAAGAUAAUGAUAAGUUGUAUUUAUUUCUCAAUGACUUGGUUCCAUUUCUGUUGAAAGAUGAGCCAGUUUACGAAGAGCCAGAAGAAGUUGAACCAAGUGCAGACGAAUUAGUUAGUCAGAUGUUACAAAAUGCUGUUGAUAGGGAUCAGGUCAUAGCUGGAAUAUCGGCCUUCCAUACAAUGAAAACAAGACUUAGCGAAUACUUGAAGCCAUUCGCUGAAACAGGACAAGUUGUGAGAAAAGAAGAUAUCAAUGACUUCUUUGACACCAAAAAAAACUAA